GUCACCUACACGUUUGUUGCAUCGAUGCGUGGUCUCACACCAAACGUCUAGGAGCAUUCCACUAUAAAUAUUUUUACUUCAGAACGAGGCUUAUCCAGAAUUUGAUAAAGCCUGUGAUUGGUUGAACCAAAAUAAUGGCAGAAACGUUUGACAGCAAGAUCGCCAGAGUUUUGGCUGAUCUUAGAAUCGAAUUUCCUUUGAAAACAUUACAGAAAGUAUGCCUGGAGAAAUUAGCAAAUAGGUUGGACGUAUUUGCAGUGCUACCUACGGGUUAUGGGAAGUCAUUGUUAUACGCUAUUUUACCGAAAUUGAUGCUUGAAGUUGAAGAUAAUUUACAGUGUGCCAUAGUUCUUGUCAUUUCGCCGCUUGUUUCUCUAAUAAAAGACCAAGUUGCUAACUUGAAAAAAUACAGCGUGGAGUCUAUUUUCCUCGGAGAGGAGCAUGACAGAGACACAUUGGAACACAUUCAGGAAGGCAAAUUCCCUAUCGUUCUUAUGAGCCCAGAAGCUUAUUUUAGUGGUACAUGGAGAGGGUUGCUGACAUCUUCACCAUAUCAGAAGUUUGUGCAAUCCAUUGUGAUUGAUGAGUGCCACUGUGUGGAACAAUGGGGAGACCAGUUCAGAACCGAUUUUUCUAGGAUUGGAGAAUUGAGAAGUAUUUUUCCAAAAGCAACAUUUUAGCCCUUACAGCAACUGCAACUCCAAAAACAAGAAAAAAUAUUGCAGAAAUCCUUUGCAUGAGAGAUUAUGAAUUAGUCAUUACCAGCUGUGACCGACCAAACAUAACGCAUGUUUCAAUCCGGGCUCCUAAUACAGUUCAAGACACUUUUUACUGGUUGUGUUCAAAAAUCCAGGAGCUAAAACAUGAAACUGAAAAAUGCAUUAUAUACUGUAGGAAUAUUAAGACUUGUGGAAUUCUUUUCCUUUAUUUAAAAGAAAAUCUUGGUGUUGAAAAUUCAUACAGAGGAACUCCAUCUGCAAGAAAUUGUUAUUAUGCAAUGUAUCAUCAUUCUACUGCACCAAAAAAUAAGAAAAUCAUUAUCGAAACAUUCCCAAAACAAGACAGUACAAUACGUGUUAUAAUUGCAACCACUGCAUUUGGGAUGGGGGUUAAUAUUCCAGAUGUUAGAGUAGUAGUACACUGGGGUGCACCACAUACAUUUCAGUCAUACAUGCAGCAAAGUGGCCGAGCAGGAAGAGAUGGACUUCAAUCUCUGUCUGUUAUAUACUACCAUCCAACAGACAUCAGCAAAACUGCAACAGAUGAGAAUUGUAAAACUUUUUGUACUACACAGUCAUGCAGAAGAAAGUUCUUGGUCCAGCAUUUUACCCCGGAAAACACCACCUGUGUUGAGGAUGUGCACACAUGCUGUGACAUAUGCAAGUCUUCAUGUUCAUGCUCAGCGUGUCCUGAUUUACACCCAUCAUGCCUCAUUAUUGAAGAUAAAGACAUGGUACAGGCACUGGCUGAAUCUGAAAAUCGCACAUUCCGAACCGUAACCCACACCCAAAGAUUGUCCAUCAAACGAAAAAUAGAGGAAUUAAGAAGAAAAAUGGUAUCUGAUCUCAAUAUUAAUACAUCAAUUCUAAACAUUGGAUUAUUAACUGGCUUAAGUGAAAAAGUUAUUGAGGAUAUUGUUUCAAAUGUUCAUUAUAUUUUUGCAAUUGAAGACAUCUUAACAGAGUAUGUAUAUGAUGAAGAACUGGCACGAAAUCUCCUGAAUAUUGUUGAAGAUGUUCUUGGUGUUGAAGAGAAAUAAACGAGAGAUGUUUGUAAAAUACAUAUGCCCC